CUACAGCUUCCUCCAAACCUUGCGCGUUCCUUCGGUGUGAUAAACAUGCCUCGUCGAACAAGAGCCGAACCGGUAGAGGGCGAUACCGACUCUCUCAAGGAGAAUUCUGCUCUUCCGAAUGGCUUCAAGGAUGAGCCCAUCAAAAAGGAGAAAAUAAAGGACGAGAAAGGGAAAGGCAAGGUAAAGCGUGUCGAGCCUGAACCUACAGAUGAAGAACCAGAUGAGACUCAGGCUGGUGACAAUGCCGAUUUCGACGCCGAUGCUGACGUAGAUGCUGACGGUGAUCCCGAGAACAUGGACGGCACUCCAAGGAGCCGCAAGCGCGCUCGCGUCAACGCAGAGGGCGACUUUGUUCCCUCUACCCCGACCACCCCGAAAAGGGAGCAAGUAAUGACUCUUCCCCGCGAUGACGACGGCUUCAUCCCUGGUUCAAUCGUGCGCAUUCAGUUGCACAACUUCCUUACGUACGACUGGGUGGAAUUCCGGCCUGGUCCAUACCUCAACAUGAUACUCGGCCCCAACGGCACUGGUAAAAGCAGUAUUGCUUGCGCAAUUUGUCUCGGACUCAAUUGGCCCCCGAGCGUGAGUCUUUUUUGUUAUUCCUGUGUUUGUGCUUCACAUCCCCUUCCGCCAGAUCCUUGGUCGCGCAAAUGAGAUUUCUAGCUUUGUGAAGCAUGGCAAAGAGAGUGGCUACAUCGAAAUCGAACUUAAGGGUGCAAAAGGUCAAAAGAACCUUGUGAUUCGACGCAACCUGAGCGCCAAGUCCAAAAGCUCGACCCUGACUCUCAACGGACAAUCUUGUACUGGGAAA